AUGUUCUAUCCCCAAGGUACGGCAAAGGCCAUCGCGUCUAGCUGCAAGAUACAAGGACCACAUCCCAUUUCGCCCCCAUCUCGUCGAACAGACACCCUCCAGACUUAUUCUACCAGGGACUGCCGGCCGCUUGACAUAGACAUGCAGACGAUACUUCCUGUUUGGAGCCAGACUGCUCCUCGCGACUUUGUGUCGUACUCGAUGUGCUUUCCUUUCCAAGCCAGCGCUUUGCCGAAUGCGCAAGAGGCAGCCAGAGCACACCUUCUCCGAUCCUUGCACCGGUUGGCGGAAACAAGACCCGAGUUCGCCGGGAACCUAAGGCUCUCCACUGCUCUGAAUCAGCCUGGUUGGCUCGUGUGGCACAAGCACAAGGCGAAGGCCGUUUCUGUCGGCCCCGAUGACCAGCCUGGCGAUGGCAUCCACGCCACCUUUGAAGACAUCUCGGCCACUUUUGAAUACAAUUACGACGAGUUGCGGAAGCGAGGGUUCCCACCCGCGGCAUUUACACACGGACGUUUCGCGUUGGGCAUCAACCCAAACCCAGCAGACCCUGGUGCCCAACCAAAGAACCCCGCAGGCGCCGGCGGUGCUCCGAAGCGAAAAGGCGUCCCCGUUCUCAUCGUCCGGACCUUUUCAUCAAGGGGGGACUCCUGUUGCUGUCACAUCUCCACCACGCCUUUGGGGACGGCGAUGCAGAGCAAGGCACGCGACGCCUCGGGAAGGGGAGUCGGAGUGCUGGCCAAAGACUGUCCCGAGUAUCACUAUGUCGCUAACAAGAUGGUCGGUCCGACACAGCCCGUGCUGAGGGAAGGCGGGUUCGACAUGUCAAAGGUUGAGACGGAUGCCAAAGUUUUUGUUUUUACGGAAGCAACGCUACUGAAGCUUAGAGAAAGGCUGAGGCCUCGGAGUCGGGUUGGCGAGACGAUUGGACAGAUGCCAUCCAUCUACGUGUGCCUUUCCGCACUGGCAUGGGCUCAUGUUGCGCACGCCAGACAUGAAACGGAAAGUCAAGAAGACGGCGUGAGUGCAGCGGGUGACGCAACGCUCAUGAACCCGGUGAACUGGAUCAAGCGCAUGAAGUCGGUUGAACAAGCAUCAUCGGCCUCGCAAACAAACUCCCGCACCAGUGGCGUGCACAACACAGCCAUCAACGGCUACCUCCCACCACCCGGCAAGACGUUCAUCAAAGUCGACGACUACUUUGGAAACGCCACAACAAAGUGUCUGACCACCGUGCCGCCCCAAAAGCUUCUGGACGCAGCCCGCAACCGUGACCUCAGUGACCUAAGCGACCUUUCAGCCGCCAUACGACUCAGCAUAUCAGCGGUAGACGGCGGCUACGUCGACGCCCGCACGCGGCUGUACAAUGCCCUGACGGACUACCGCACGCUCGGGCUCGAGGACGACCCGCGGCUCUGGCAUGACCUCCAGGUCAACACAUGGCGGCCGUUUGGGGGCGACGCCAUCUUUGACAUACCCGGGGUCGGCGGACCUUGCAAGCCCGAGAGCAUACGCAAGGCGAUGGUGGGCGGCAGGUGCGACUACCGUAACGCCAUCAUCCUGCCGGCAGCCGAGGGUUCGACCGAGCACGAGCUGUUUGUGAGCCUGCCCAAGGUCGCGCUGGACGCCCUAUGCAGCGACCAAGGGUUCAUGAUGUGGGUCGACAGAGUGGCUGGCUGA